UGCACCCAGUUGUGUUUGGAUGAAUUUGAGAAGCUUUAUCAUCGGUCCUAAUUCUCUCCUGAUGAUUAUCUAGACCGCAGGCUGCAGAGUCACUUUCAGAAACCAGUCAGACUGAAUAAAUGGAUUUGCCUUUGAUUGAGAGACGAUGCUGCCAGGAGCGGUCCCCUCCUUCCAUUCAUCUCUUUCUGUGGCGUGAGGGAGUGUCAGUCAGGAAUUCAACGUUAAUCAUGACGAGAAAUGAUCCGGUGUCGUCGAGGUUUCACUCUCAGGGCUGCCGCUCUAGUUUUUCCUGAAGGAGCUGAUCCAUCUUCCCCGACUAUGAGUCUGAGCUGCUGAGGAUUUUUCUUCUUUAAUUCUCCAUCCGUCUUGAAGUCCCACCUGAUUCCUCGAUGGGUUCCCGCAGCCAAGGCUUCUUCCACCACCACCACCACCAUCGCGGCUCCAUGGUGCCCACCGCGGUGCCGAGGCUGCUGGCUGAGAACGGCAGCCUGCUGGGGGGCAUCGCGCAAAUCACCCCCAACCUCUUCCUCAGCAGAGGGAAUGUGGCAUCCAACCGCAGCCUGCUGCUCUCCAAAGGCAUCACCUGUGUGGUCAACGCCACCAUCGAGCUCCCAAACUUCAACUGGCCUCACAUGGAGUAUGUAAAGGUCCCACUGGCGGAUAUGCCCCACUCCCCCAUCUCCUUGUAUUUCGACAGUGUGGCCGAUAAGAUCCACAGCGUGGGACGCAAGCGGGGCGCCGUGCUGGUGCACUGUGCCGCGGGGGUGAGCCGCUCAGCCUCUCUGUGCCUGGCAUACCUCAUGAAGUAUCACCGUGUGUCUCUGGCAGAGGCCCACGCCUGGGUCAAAGCCCGCCGCCCCGUCAUCAGGCCCAACGGCGGCUUCUGGCGCCAGCUCAUCGAGUACGAGAGGAAGCUGUUCGGUAGAAACUCUGUUAAGAUGGUGCAGACGCCCUACGGGGUCAUACCUGACGUGUAUGAGAGGGACCGCAGGAGCCUGGCUCCAUACUGGGGCCUGUGAGAGGAGCUGCGACCCCACGGAGAGCCAGCCUGGACUGUAGGUUCACACCGGUCAGGUGAAGUGAGACACGUGUGAGUGUAGAUCUGUGUGAAGCUUAUUUAACGAAUUAUUGGACAGAAGGAGUUUAACUGAACGCUGGUUGUUGAUGGUGCUGCUGUUCAUCCAAUCAGUCACCUCCAUUUAGUCUUUGAGUGGGUGCAAGGCCACUUCAAGCCCGGCGUCCUCUGGACCAAAGGAUCGGUUUGGGACCGAAGUUCUCAUCAGACACUAAAACAAGACGAAGCACUGGUGUGUGUUUCCAGGUCCAGGGGCGGACGUCAGCUGUGCUCCAGACUCUGCAGCUCUGACACUGAUUUGAGCUCCUUUUCCUGACGUGGUGUCGUGUGGUGGUUUUGUGCCAGUUUAAUCUUCGGUGUAAGAGCAGCAGCAGCAGCGUGCUCUGAAUUUAUGGUAGCAUUAAGAUAAGUGUACAGAAAAAACAAGUACGUAGACAAAGUGUUUAAUUGGAAUGUGCUGAUAGUGAGGUAGAACGGUUACGGCGCACUUUAACCUAAGAUUUAAAGAUGCUGUUAUAUCGACCUUUUUUAAGGGUAAAAUGUUAAAAGAUGUUUAAAGUCGAGGUUUAGGGGAAAGCUCCUGUGUACCACAGGGUCGACGGCUCCUUCCUGUGACCACACUAUGUUAUUGUAGUGCUAUUUGAUGCUGUAUUUAAAAAAAAUUAUAAAUCUGCUGCCUCAAGGGAACUGGCAGCUCUAUGAUAGAUAGAUGCUUGGGACAAUAUUGUCUAUCCCACUGUUUUUGCCUUGUGUCAAUAGGUUCCAGAAAGAUCUUUAGUGGUUCAGCGCUUUCCUGAAGUGUCACAGAGUCUGAAAAUCCUACUUCUGCUGUCGUGUGGUGGCUGAAAUGUUCACUUUGCUGCACGUUAGUUCUGAAAAUACAGAAGUACAACAUAUAGUUGUUGGAGUGAGACGAAGUGUAAAUCACAAUACAGCACUCCAUCGACAAAUAGGAUGUAUUGAUUCUUGCUUAUCAAACAUUAAUAUGUAUAUUUAAUUCUUAAAGGUAGCCCCUGGAGUUUUCUUGUAAUCAAACAAAAGUUGUGUGUUUACUGACAGUGUGAAUCCCUGUGGUCUAAUAAUCGUUUUUAUCAAUUAUUAAUCGACUCCAAACACUGAUAGAAAACUGCUCCACAGUGCAACUAAAGGUAGAAAGCACUGGGUACUUUUAACAAAAGAUGUAUUCUUACGUGUCCAUUAACGUAUCUGAAGUCAUCGUUUCAGAAGUAGAUUCAUCAGAUGGCUCCUGUCACAGAAUCACUCAUACUGUGAUUCCACCGUUAUCAUGGGCAGUGAUUGUAUCGUGUUGUCUUUGUGUUGUGAUUUACCUUCUUGAUCUGUGUCGCCAGUACACCACACUACACUAGACUACACUACACAACACACACUACACUACACCCAUUACACCACAUUACAAUACACACACUACACUAGACUACAAUGCACUGUACUACACACACUACACACACUACCCACACUACACACAGUACUAGACUACACACUCUACAAUACACCACACUACACUACACACACUACAGUAUAUCUGUGGUCGGACAUGUGACAGCAGGGAUGUUGUGUUCAAGUGCAGCAGAGUUGACAUUUUCAACACAGAGAUUGAUGAACCAAUGCUUUUCUGCCAUAAUAGAUUAAGUGUGAUAUAACAAGUUAAAUAGAAAAGAAUAAAAGUUCAGGGGUAAUUUAUUUUAGAAGGAGAAAUUAAUUUUCUUCCGGUAAUCUGUAAUCUGACAUUUCAAAUUUGUUUCAUGCCCCAAGACGAUGAUAUUAAAAUAACAAAAUUUAAAAAA